CGUAACAUAGGCCCCCUGGUAGCAACAGCUGAUAAUGAUUAACGGAAUAUAGUUGACCGGUACAAUUAUUUAGAUCACAAACCAUUCAUUGUUGACGUGCAGUUAUGGCUCGAGCGAUAUUUAAUACAUCGAAUAGUCUACAGAGGUGGCAAUUGAUUUUUCGAAGAGCCUAUUCUCAAGAAAAAUUUCCAAAAAUUACAACACACUACACGGUUGUACCCAGAGAAACAGAUCCAAGAUGGAAAGAUGUGAACAUGGAAAGAUAUGCGGACGAGUGCGAUAUACUAAUUGUUGGUGGUGGUCCAGCUGGACUGUCCGCAGCUAUUCAGGCACGUAAACUAGCAGAGAUGCAUGGAAAAGAACUUAGAGUUACAGUCGUUGAAAAAGCUGCCACUAUCGGUGGUCAUAUUCUUAGUGGAGCUUGCGUGGAUCCGAUUGCUUUGAACGAACUACUACCAAAUUGGAAAGAAUUGGAUGCACCCUUGAAGACUCCUGUCACCGAAGAUAAAUUCGCGUUUCUCACUGAAAAAGGCAGGAUAUCGAUACCAAUUUUGAAAGGAAUGCCAAUGUACAAUCAUGGAAACUACGUAGUCAGAUUGGGCCAUGUUGUGAACUGGCUCGGACAACAAGCAGAAGCUGCAGGAGUGGAGUUGUAUCCUGGCUAUGCUGCGGCAGAAAUACUAUAUCAUGAAGAUGGAUCUGUUAAAGGAAUAGCCACGAAUGAUGUUGGCAUUGCGAAAGACGGCUCUCCAAAGGAUACCUUCGAACGAGGAAUGGAACUGCAUGCCAAAUGUACAAUUUUUGCAGAGGGUUGUCAUGGUCAUCUUACAAAACAAAUUUCGAAGAAACUGGACCUUAGAAAAGACUGUGAGCCUCAGACUUAUGGUAUAGGAUUAAAGGAGAUCUGGGAAAUUGAUCCAAAGAAACACAGGCCUGGUACUGUUGAACAUACAGUAGGUUGGCCACUGUCAAAAAAUAUCUACGGCGGCUCCUUUUUAUAUCAUCUUAACGAAGAUACACCCCUUGUUGCCAUAGGUUUUGUUAUCGGGUUAGAUUACUCUAAUCCUUACGUACAUCCGUUUAAAGAAUUUCAAAGAUUUAAACAACAUCCAAGCAUUAGACCUGUCCUGGAAGGAGGAAAAAGAAUAGCAUAUGGAGCAAGAGCUUUGGUAGAAGGCGGUUUUCAAUCUAUUCCUAAACUUCAAUUCCCUGGGGGUUGUCUGGUGGGUUGUACGGCAGGAUUUUUAAAUGUUCCUAAAGUUAAAGGAACGCAUAACGCUAUGAAAAGCGGUAUGCUUGCAGCAGAAAGUGCCGUUGAGGCCGUAAUUGACUCGGAAAAUAAUCCAUCGCCUACUAAAGGCAUAGAACCAAAAACUUAUACCGACAAAAUAAAAAACAGUUGGAUUUAUAAGGAAUUGAAAGCUGUUAGAAACAUAAGGCCCAGCUUCCAUACGAGUCUCGGUCUUUACGGGGGUUUGAUAUAUUCUGGAUUUUCGAUGUUAAUCGGAGGUCGAGAGCCAUGGACUUUAUCUCAUGGCGGCCCGGAUUACAAAAAACUGAAACUGGCAUCCGAGUGUACACCGAUCGAAUAUCCUAAACCAGAUAAUGAAGUGUCUUUUGAUUUGUUAUCAUCAGUGGCUCUUACAGGUACAAAUCACGAAGGCGAUCAGCCUCCUCACCUCACAUUGGCCGACGACACCGUCCCGGUAAGAAAAAAUUUAGAGGCGUUUGCUGGUCCAGAAGGUCGAUUUUGCCCUGCUGGUGUAUAUGAGUUUGUACCACUAGAGUCCGGGGAGGGAGAGAGACUGCAAAUUAAUGCACAGAAUUGCAUUCAUUGUAAAACGUGUGAUAUCAAAGAUCCGAGUCAAAACAUCAACUGGGUUGUGCCAGAAGGCGGUGGUGGUCCCGCGUAUAAUGGAAUGUAAAUUCCAAUUAGAAAUUGGAACAAUUGUUGGUCUUCGUAAUGUUAUAUUUGCAAAUUAUAUUUUUUUACGAUAAUGAAAAAUGUUUAUAUGUGUCUUCGAAGAUAUAAUAAUUUAAAACUAUUUUUUUAAUAUCAAUUUUACUGUAUAAAUGAAAUAUACAUUCAAAUCUGUGCUAACGAUCAAAGCAGUCAAUGCUGCCAAAUAGAUGGAAUAUUUAAUAUUUUAAUAUACAUCGAGAAAGGCACGAGCAAUGUGUCAGCUUAUGAAUUGAAUUUAAAAGAAUGGAUAAUUUUAUCUAACAAGAAAAUAUAUAAUGCGUUUACGUUGAUAAAAACGCAUUUUUUAUACAUACCAAAAGUAUGAGAAAUAUACUUUACAUUGUAAUAAAAAUAUUUUAUCAACCCUUAAAGAAAUUCUGUAUAAAAGACAUAAAUGUAAAGGAUAAUAGAUCAUUUUUGAUAAUGAAGUGCCUAUUUUUAAAGGGAAUAUUAACAUUAUUCAAAUGGGUUAGAUAAUUAGCACUGCUCACUGCCAUUAAUUUACCUUAUACGUACGUAUACUUUCAAUUUGAUUGCAUACUAGUAAAAUUCAACAGAUUUAUCAUCUGUUAGAAUAACGAUUAUUGUGUUAUACAUAUUUAAAGUGAAUUGAAAAAUAAAUGAUCUUGUAAGAAAAAGAAUACUUUUU